CUUUUGUUGCCGAACCGUCUUUUCUUUCAGUGUUUUGCGCAGCAACGGAAAUUUCACCCGAUCCUGGGUAGAAAUUAAGAGAUCUCUCUCUCUUUCUCUCUCUCUCACUCUCCUCCCUUCCACCCUCCCUCCACUCCCUCCCCUCCCCCCACCUUCCGCGGAGCCCGAGUCGGCACCGCCAGGCGCGGGAGCCGGCUCGCUCCGAGCGCCUCGCCCCGGCCCCGCUGCCGCCCCUUCCAUGGGCGCCGCGCUCGCCUGCAGCCGCCGCCGCCGCGGGGCGGGCGCGAUGCCACGAUGGGCCUGAUUUGGCUCCUGCUUCUCAGCCUCCUGGAGCCCGGCUGGCCCGCCGCGGGCCCCGGGGCGCGGCUGCGGCGCGAUGCGGGCGGCCGCGGCGGCGUCUACGAGCACCUCGGCGGGGCGCCCCGGCGCCGCAAACUCUACUGCGCCACCAAGUACCACCUCCAGCUACACCCAAACGGCCGCGUCAACGGCAGCCUGGAGAACAGCGCUUACAGUAUCCUGGAGAUAACGGCAGUGGAGGUGGGCAUUGUGGCCAUCAAGGGCCUCUUCUCCGGGCGGUACCUGGCCAUGAACGAGCGGGGCCGGCUCUACGCUUCGGAACACUACAGCGCGGAGUGCGAGUUCGUGGAGCGGAUCCACGAGCUGGGCUACAACACGUACGCCUCGCGGCUGUACCGGACGCUGCCCGGCGGGCCCGGGGUGCGGCGGCAGCCCAGCGCUGAGAGACUGUGGUACGUGUCGGUGAACGGCAAAGGCCGGCCCCGCAGGGGCUUCAAGACGCGCCGCACGCAGAAGUCCUCGCUGUUCCUGCCCCGCGUGCUGGACCACAAGGACCACGAGAUGCUGCGGCUGCUCCAGAGCGGGGCUGGGCUCCGCGGUGGGCCACCGGGCAAGGCCGCCCAGCCCCGGCGGCGGCGACAGCGGCAUAGGCACCGUGUAGACCCCCGGCCUGAUGGAAGCGGGACCUGACGCAUUCUGGCCCCGCUCUGGGCUCCGAGCUCGCGGCCAGACCCACUCGGCAGGUGUGGACCAACCCAUGCCUGGGGGUCCACUGUCAGCUGACCAUCGGGCCCGGCAGCUUUCCAGAAUGGACUCCCCCUAACCUGGCCCCUUUCUGCUGCUUCUGAGCUGGCUCCUGUUUCCAGUGCCAACAGAACACGUCCCCAGCCCUUCCUGAGUCUCUCAAACAAGGGUCACGGCAGAACUAGGAGGGCUCGGGGGUGGGCGGCUUCUAAUGAAGACCCCGUGGUUUGCUGGGCCAGGAGCCCCCCUCGCCCCCAGGAAGACCGGCGGAAGCAGGGGCCCAGCCACUGAGCAGUCUCGCUGCUGCGCAGCUGUGGGCCUCGUGGGGGUCUGUGUGCUGGAGACAUUAAAGUAUUUUAUUCUACUAUGUUAUUGAAUAGAUUAGAACACAGCGCGAGGGAACCCUGGUGGUCUUUGCUUGAACGGAUCUGCCUCGUGACGAUAGCAGCGUCUGUGCCAAAUCGCGAUUUUAAGACGUGAGAUUGUAUUCUGAAAAACGGGGCU